AAAGCCUGUAGUCUUACUAAAAUAAUCAAUUUGUUAACACGUUACAUGACCCAUGCCAAAAAGAAAAGACAAAACAUGACGAUUCCAAAACUUUAUCAAACUAGAAGCUUCUUAUGAUUAGAUGGGACCAAUCAUGGUUACGUUUGACAGACAUCUUAAGUGUCUGUUCUCUUUUCCCAGCCCACUAUCAAAGAGCUCCAGAUAACAGCCAUUCACAAAAGCCCUAGCAGACGGAGGGGUAAACACGACGAGGAGGAGCAAAAGCUGCGUGUGAGUGUGAGCAUGGAGGAAGGGACCUAGAAUGACAGACGAGGAGUAGGGAGGGGUGAGGAACCAAGAGAGAGACGGCAGCAUUUCUGUGAACCUCCUGGAGGUAGGAGAUCACAUCAGGAGACAGGAUGCCAGGAACACAGUCGUUUUGACCCAAAUUCCCUGGAAACACAGGAGGAAUAAGUGCUGCCAUGAUAUCCAUUCUCAAAUGGGAUUAAUAAAGCACUUUACAUCUGCAGUAGAAGCUUUAUAGACUAACUCCUCAGCCUAAUUCCACAACUUCAUGCUUUCUUCACCGGUCUUAAGUGUUCUCUGGAGCGAGAGGCAUCCCUGCACAUUCACUGAGCAGCAUGUCCCAUGAGAAGUACCAUGAGGACAUGGACAGUGAGUAACAGUGUGUCUGCAUGCUGGUCGGUGUGUGUCGUCUAUCUUCUUGCCGUCUCCGUGACCUUGGCGUCCAGCGUCACCUGUCGCAGCGCAUGUCCCGUGCAGCGGGCGCUCAGGGUCACCAACUCCUCAUCCGCCUCUGCCUCAGCCUCAGCCUCCACCUCCGGCCGGCAUGUGCGCAGCUAUGUGCACCUCCAGGGAGACGUGCGCCAGAGGAAACUCUUCUCCUUCCAGAAGUUCUUCCUUAGGAUCGGAAAAGACGGGAGAGUCAACGGCACCAAGAGCAAAGACGAUCCCUACAGUAUUCUGGAGAUCACAUCAGUGGAUGUUGGGAUCGUUGCCAUCAGAGCGAUCGGCAGUAACCUUUACCUGGCUAUCAGUAAAAGGGGAGAACUGUAUGGAGCGAGAAACUAUGGUAUAAACUGCCGUCUGAAGGAGCGCAUCGAGGAGAACGGGUAUAACACAUACGCAUCCGCCGAGUGGAGGAACAAGAAACGGCAGAUGUUUGUAGGUCUGAGUGCUCAUGGAAGGUCUCUGCGCGGGAGAAAAACCCGCAGGAAGAACACAGCUACACACUUCUUACCCAUACUGGUGUGACUUUUGUUCAUAAUGCUGACGGGACGGAGAGAUAUCAGUGAUAAAGACUUUGUCCACAUGUGACUCUCUGUAGCUGCGUUCCUCUCAUACGCUUCAGUGUUUGCUCUUUAGUUCAUGGCACUAGAUCAAACUUUAUACCCAUGCAAGUAAACAUUCAUGAACGCAGGCUUUCAUUUCCAUUUUGCAUCAUUCCAGUAAUCUAAAAUAAUGGACUAUGUGUGCAAGAGUUUUUUGUGCUUGUCUGCUUUGAUUUCUUUCUGAUGGACAUGAACGUCUUGUAGUGCAUGCAUCGCACGGAGAAAGAGAGAGUGGGGAUGUAUAUGGGAAAUUUAUAUCUUCUGAAAACUGUUUUGGACUGCUUUGAAAUAAUUAAAUUAUUUAUUUGUAUUGUAUUUAAAUAAAAUACUCUAAAAAACAUAUUAAAAGCAUAUAAAAAUGGAUAACCUCUAAUUCCUGUGAAAUAAAAUCUAUUUUGUUAUCCUCCUGCAGA